CUCAAUUUUUCAUGUUCAAGUAAUAUUUAACUGAUGAAAUUUUUUCAUAUGUGUGAUUGAUAUUCUACUUCACCAAUUUUUUGUAUAAAAUAUAUAAUGAACAAAUCGUUAUGUUCCGUAUUACUAAAAUUUAGAUAUUUUUGUACGGUAACAAAACAAACAAAAUUAAUUGAAACAGAGAAAAGGUUAAUACCUAUUGAAAAAACUAAAUCGAAAAUUGACUUGACUAAGUUACCCCCCAAAACUACAAUUGAUGCAGCAACUGUAGCUUUACUAGAACGACUCUCCCUAGUAGCUUGUGAAAGUAAAAAAGCAAUUGAAACUCUUGAAGCAAAGUUAAAGUUCGCGGAUCAAAUAUUACAAGUUAAUACUACUAACGUAGAACCUUUGAUCACUCCUUUGGAAGACUUUCCUUUGAGACUGAGAGAGGAUAUUGUUACUGAAGGAAACUAUAGGGAUGAUAUUCUAAAAAAUGCUUCACUAGUUGAAGAUGAAUACUUUGUAGCACCUCCUGGUAAUAUACCUCUAGAAUCCAGAAAAGAUUUAUUACAUGAUGGGUCACCAAAAGACUUUAAAAACGAUUCUGGAUCUAGCAGCUAG